CUACCCCUACGCUAAACUCGUGUCCUCGAGCUUAAAGCUUUGGAUUAAUGAAGUAUCAAAUGGUUUCAGUAUUAUGUUUUUCUUAUUCAAUUACAUCAAACCUUUGAAGCAAAGAGAUGGUUUAUGGCGUGGAGCUUCAGCUUUCUUAUUGAAUCCGUUUUCUCGUUUUACGCGUUAUAAGCACUCCAAGAGUCUUCAAGGAGCAUGGCCGAGUAAAGAAACACGCUUUCAAACUUUCAGGGAUGCUAAAUUGCAGCUUUACCCAAGAUUCAAUCCUUCAUUGAAACCAAGUUUUAGUAUAAAGGAUAUUCGGAAGAGCUACGGUUCCAAAUUCGAAAAAGGGGAGCAUUCUCAGCACAAAGUAUCUAUAUGUGGGAGGCUGUCCAGGCUACGCGUAUUUGGAUCAGGUCUUGUGUUUGCGGAUAUUGUUCAAAACGGCGAUUCUAUUCAAUUGGCUUUUUCUAAAUUGCGUUUUCCCGAUGUCGAACAAUCAGAUUGCAUGAAAGCAGUUCAUUGCCUUCGGAGAGGCGAUAUCGUAGCUGUAUCCGGUUUUGUUGGGACAACAAAGUCCGGUGAGCUCACUGUUUUCGUCGACAAAAAACCAACUUUACUGGCUCCCUGCUUACAAGACAUUCCAGAAAAACUAAACAUUACAAAAGAAUACUCAAAAAAACAGUGUCUAAGUUACCUUGUGAACACAGACACGGCGGAUCAUAUUCGCAAACGUUUUCAAACAAUAAGCUCUUUGCGAAAAUACUUUACAGAACAUGAUUACCUUGAAGUUGAGACACCUGUCUUGUCAAGGCACUUUGGGGGAGCUGCUGCUAGACCUUUCAAGAGUACAGACAUUCACGGUUCACCAUUAUCAAUGAGAUGUGCGCCAGAAAUCUGGCUCAAGCAACUCGUAAUCUCUGGAUUUGAUCGCAUUUUUGAAGUCGGAAAAUGUUUUAGAAAUGAAGGAAUAGACGCAACGCAUAAUCCAGAAUUUACAUCCUGUGAAAUAUACACAGCGUACAGUAACUUGGAAGAACUUCAAGAAAUGACAGUGGAUGUUUUACGCUUUAUCUUUCACCAGGUUAAUGGUAGUUUACAGGUUCCGAACUCCAAGCUCACUUUAGAGAGUUUCCAGAGUGUGUCUUUCCUUCCUGCUUUAGAAAAGGCACUUGGUGAAGAGCUUCCUGUCAUUGAUGAAUCAGAUCAUUGUCGGGAAGCUUUAAGACAUAUUUUUAAUAAACUGCAACAGGCAUUACCUCAAAUACAAACAACAUCAAAAAUGCUUGAUGAGCUUGCCGAUCAGUUUUUAAUUCCGUCUUUCCAAGGUAAACCCACGUUUCUAAUGUAUCAUCCGGAGGUCUUGGCACCUUUGGCAAAAUCACAGUCUUUCAUUUUAAGCUCAAGGCAACAACGCGUAUCACUACGCUUCGAAUUAUACAUUAACGGAAUCGAACUUUGCAACGCUUACGAAGAAGAAAAUGACCCAGAUGAACAACGGAGAAAGUUUCUUCAGCAAGUAGAGAAAAAAGAUGCAUUCCCAAAUGAAGACAUUGUGCUACCAGAUGAAGAUUAUGUUAAUGCUAUGCAGUAUGGUCUUCCGCCGACAGCCGGUUGGGGAAUCGGUGUGGACCGUCUGUGCAUGCUUGUCGCUGGCGCUACACGAAUUAACCAAAUAUUGCCUUUUGGUGACUUAAGAUAUGUUUAAAAUGUCAAAAAUCACACACUUUCUAAUUCUCAUUAAACAUCUUUCUCCGUUGAUUCUUUCGCCAAUCUCUGAAGUGUUAGCUCCUUGUAGGUUGCCAAUUCCACAUUGAGGUGUUCCUUAAAUGAUGAAAACUUUCUUUGAAAAGAGCAUUUACACCGCCAACAAACCAAGUCCUGUUUCAUAAACUGGUCACCAAACUGUGUUAUAUCGGGAAGGUUUUGUGCUUCUGUUGUCAAUGGGAUAAAAUACUCGGUGUGAAACAGAAUGUAAUGAAGAGGUUUCUUCAUACUUGAGGAAACACUAUCCUUUGAGAUAAUGUGUACAUGCAAGUUCAUCUCAGAUGGUUUGGAAUGAAACCCAAUAUUUAAAAAAUUCCAUAUUUCUUCUUCAUCCACUGUUUCGAUAUCCUGAUAUACAGUUGAGCGCGCCUCCUUUAGAAUGAUGCUUUUCAGAUCACCAUUAAUCAACUGAAGAAGCUUCUUUAUAAUGUCUGGGCGCGUGCGUAUUAUCUCGUAUGGAUGUAGUUUCGAAACAUCUUGAUCUCGAGGAAUCAACAAUAAAUGCACUUGUGCUUUUGGAUAUGCAUCACGAAUGAGAACAUAACUAUCAUCAAAGUACAGAACGUUUGAUUCCGCCUCUGGUUUCAAAAGAUACUUUCUCAGAUGCGUGCCCCAAUACGACCUGGUACUUUUAUCAAAAUAAUUCCUUUUCUUCAAUCUAUCGUUGCUACUAGGAUUCUGGUAAUCAGGUACUGAUAAUUUACGAGACAUUAACUCCUUGACUACAUGCUUUAGUAACAUGGUAUCUAAUAUAUACUAGCUUACACGCAUUUUUUUCCUUGGGCAUUAUGUACAUGAACAAAAUGAAGCAAUUUAAAAAUUUGCACUAGUUAUGAAAGUCUUAUUUAAGUAGUAUCUUCUGGCAGUGACAGUAAGGACAACAACAGGGUUUUCCUUGUUUUUUAUAUACGUUGAACUGCAUUUGGGUCAUUUAGUUUAAUUUGAAUACGAAAUACAUAAAAUACAUAAAUAAUACUGCC